AUGGAAUCUGCGUCGUCAAAGGCAGAGGCGCUCAGGCUCCAGAUUCUGAAGGCAGAGAGCGAAUUGGAGGCACUGCGGUCCCAGCUGGAAGAAUUCGAGGCGCAACCCGUUCCCCAGAAUGCAAGCCCGGGCCCGGUCUUCAACGCACAGUCGCGCGACUGGAAGUGGCCGUUGAAGAAGGACGAGUACGCCCGGUACGGCCGCCAGCUUAUCCUGCCUACUGUAGGCAUCCAGGGGCAACUCCGUCUCAAAUCAACAUCUGUACUCAUUGUGGGUGCGGGAGGGUUGGGGUGUCCUGCUGCAGCCUAUCUGGCAGGGGCUGGCGUGGGAACUCUGGGUAUCGUCGACGGAGACGCCGUCGAGGAGUCCAACCUGCACCGUCAGAUUGCCCACAGCACCGCCAAACUGGGCCAAAGGAAGGUUGACAGCCUUGGGCACUACUGUGAGACCCUGAACCCGGAAGUCUGCAUCGUCACACACGCAACCCAUCUCACCCCCGACAACGCCGAAGGGAUCGUGUCCAAGUUCGACCUUGUACUGGACUGUACGGAUCACCCAACCUCACGAUAUCUGAUCUCGGACAUUUGUGUUCUCCUACAGAAGCCUCUGGUGUCAGCGUCGGCACUGAGGACAGAUGGCCAACUGAUCGUUCUCAAUAAUCCAGCAGAACCGCAAGGCAGCUUGGGAGGUGGUCCUUGCUACCGGUGUGUGUUCCCUAAGCCACCGCCUCCCGAGAGCGUGGUCAGUUGCGGCGAGGGAGGUAUACUGGGUCCUGUGGUCGGCGUCAUGGGGGUUCUGCAAGCCCUCGAGGCCAUCAAGCUCAUCUCUGCUGGGGUUGGUGCCCAACCCAAGAACCCCCGUGCGCCAGCCUUGCUCCUCUUCUCCGCCUCCGGGCCCACGACCUUCCGAUCCAUGAGAAUGCGUGGCAGAAGAACAAACUGCUUCGCAUGUUCUGCGUCGUCCACCCUAUCCCUGGCGGCGCUCAAAUCCGGGCUUCUCGAUUACGUGCAGUUCUGCGGCGUCGCGGCGCCAGUGAGUGUGCUGAGACCCGAGGAACGGAUCGCAGCGGCAGCCUACAACAAGCUGUUGGGCCAAAACCCUGAAUUGCCACACAUUUUGCUUGACGUGCGUGAGAAGGAGCACUACGAUAUAGCUAGCAUACCCGGAGCUGUCAACGUGCCGUUCUCGUCGUUUCAGCUACGCAAGACGGAUUCGGAGCAUCCAAAGCCAGAUUGGCUACCAGGGGACCUUCCCUAUGAUGCCCCCAUCUACGUUGUCUGCCGGGUCGGUAACGACUCGCAGCUGGUCACCCGAAUCCUCAAAGAGAUGGGCCUGGAUGGAGGAGGUAAGCGCUUUAUAGGAGAUAUCCGAGGGGGGAUGCGAGCGUGGAAGCAAGAGGUAGACGACACAACGCCGUUCACAUGA